AUGGUUCUAAAUAGCAAGGUUGCAGAUUCUAGUAUGGGGUACAGGGAGAUAUUUUGGAUCUGUGUUAUCAUCGCUGGAAUUACAGUGUAUUUCUACUCCACUGUGUUAAGUGACCGUUACUUAAACAAGCGGCAUUUAAAACAUGAGCCCUUUCAAUACACAAAAUAUAACAAAAUAGCCAGAAAGAAAACCCCCUUAAUUACACUGUUUACAUCCUGGGAUGUGUAUCCGGAAAGUUUCACAGUAUUUAAUAAUACUUUACAAAACUGGCCACUUCUACGACCUCAUGUAAACAUCAUUCUGUUUACCAAUGACGUUAUACCCGACAAGUAUAAACAGCUCGGGUGGACGGUGUUGCCAAUCAAACGACAGGUCAAAGGUCACCCGAUUCUGAAGCAUUUGUUCCUGGAGGCGAUGAAACAUCAACCGUAUUCCAAACUAUAUGGUUUUUCUAACGGAGAUCUACUUUUUACAGAGUCUUUGAUCCAGAGUUUACGGAAAAUUAUUGUGUCACCUCUGGUUUUUAAUAGGACCUACAUGAUUGUAGGACAGCGGAUGAAUACUCCGAACGUCACGCGCGAAGAAGCAAGUUCGUGGGCGAAUGUCGAAAAGGCUGCAGAGAGGGGAGAAAUGAAAAAGACAUUUAUGGGGAUCGAUUAUUUCUUAACAUCGCCACAAUACCAUUGGAAAGACAUACCUGAAGUUCAAAUAGGCCAAAAACUGUACGAUACAUGGUUAAUAUGGGACGGUCGUCGUAUGGGCUACAAUGUCAUUGACGCCUCAAACACCAUAUUGGCUGUUCAUCAAAACGCUCCAUAUCCAGAAAAGCAUGGUAAGAUGAAAAAUAACCUUCCGUAUAUAAAAGAACCCAGUCAAAUGCUCUAUAGGCAUGGAACACUCAGGUGUUGCGAGUUUUAUACAUUGUACAUAAACCAUACAGUAAAACUCCGAAGACGUAAAAAGAUACCAAAUCAUUGUCAUUCCAGUGGAAUAUGA